UGCUACCUUCUCUCUGCUUCUCUCCAAUGGCGCGAUGAACCGACUGGGCUGAAGUCGAGAGAAUGUGAUGGCUUAGAUUCAAGUGAGGACUCUGAAGUAAGAAGCACGGAUUUAGGUAGUCUCAAUAUGGAAGCGUCUUGCAAGGAGAAUGGUUUUUUAGGGAACUCAAACGGAAAUCCAGCAGGAGGAGCAACUGCUAUGAAGAAAGGAUGGUCUCUUUUGUUGCCAAUCAAGGUGAAUAAUCCAGAUAAUCAGAACGAUUCAUCUCCUAUGUCAAGGUCUGCAGAGUCACCAAGUGCAGUCAGUUGCACAAUUUGCAUGAGCAAAAAUAGCUGUAGAAUUGUUAGAGCACGGACGAGUGAAAUGAAUGCUAUGAUGAACAGAGGAAAGCCAGAGAAAGUACAAACCAUAUUUGACAGUUUGGUUGAGGGAGGCCACAGACCAUCUCUAGUAACAUACACAAUUCUCUUGAAUUCCUUGACCCUGCAGAAGCGCUUCGACUCUGUAGCCUCUAUCAUCUCUCAGGUAGAGGGGAAUGCACUGAAACCAGAUUCAGUAUUCUUCAAUGCCCUGAUCAAUGCAUUUGCUGAAUCCGGGAACAUGAAGGAAGCCAUGGAAACUUUAUGGAAGAUGAAAGAGAAUGGGAUGAAACCUGCAGCCAGCGCUUACAACACACUGGUCAAAGGCUAUGGCAUUGCUGGUAGACCUGAAGAAUCUACUAAGCUGGUGGAACUUAUGUCCAAGGAAGGGAACCCGAAACCUAAUCUCAGGAGUUAUAAUGUUCUUGUUAGAGCAUGGUGUAACAAGAACAUCGAUGAGGCAUGGAAUAUAGUGAAUAAGAUGAUGGGUUCAGGGACUAAACCUGAUGCAGUUACUUAUAACACAAUUGCAUCAGCUUAUGCGAAGCAAGGAGAGCCAAAGAAGGCUGAAGGUGUGAUUUCAGAGAUGCAGAAGCAUGAUGUACAGCCUAAUGCCAGAACAUGUGGUAUCAUCAUAAGUGGGUAUGUGAAAGAAGGAAGAACCAGUGAAGCUCUGAGGUUUGUCUGCAGAAUGAAGGAACUUGAUGUGCGUCCUAACAUUGUUGUUUUUAACUCGCUGAUCAAAGGCUUUCUUGACCAGAUGGAUAAAGCAGGACUUGAUGAGGUCCUCGAGUUGAUGAGAGAAUUCAACGCGAAACCUGACGUCAUUACAUUCAGUACUAUCAUGAAUGCAUGGAGCACAGCAGGGCGCAUGAACAAGUGCAGAGAGAUCUUCGAAGACAUGGUGAAUGCUGGCAUUCAACCCGAUGCACAUGCAUACAGCAUUCUUGCCAAAGGCUAUGCUCGUGCCAGAGAGCCAGAGAAAGCAGAAGAGGUCUUUAAAUCCAUGAUCGAAUCAGGAAUCCACCCGAACGUCGUGAAUUUCACAACAGUCAUCAGCGGAUGGUGCAGUUGUGGCAGAAUGGAUUCUGCAAUGAGGGUCUUCAACCAGAUGCGUGAAUUCGGUGUGUCUCCUAAUCUGAAGACAUUUAAGACCUUAAUCUUGGGAUACUGUAAAGCUAAACAGCCAUGGAAGGCAAAAGAGGUUCUCCAAAUCAUGAGAGAAUCUGGGAUCGAGCCUGAGAAGGCAACCCUCGUGCUUGUCUCAGAAGCAUGGGCUGCCAGUGGACUAACAGAGGAAUCAGCUGCAGCAGAAGCAGAAGCAAAAGAAGAAAUAACAGUGCAGAGCUUAGAGGAACUCUAUCAGAAGCAGAUUGCGACAGGAUUGUCUGGAUUGACUAAGAAAGGUGGUAGGAUUGUGCUGAGAGACCCGACUGAUUCUUCUUCGACGGAAUGCUCGUGGCUUGCAACUAAACAGGUGAAUCUUUCUUACAUCAGUAAAUUCGGGUCGAGGUGGUCGAGGGUGAUGUGCCUGAAGCAGUGUCAAGUGCAGCAUUGUGGUGGUGGUGUAUAUGGUCAACUUGCACAGUCUUGUACAGCCGGGUUCCUCAACUGAAAAGAUAGGUACAGGAAGAUAACAGGUGGGUGGUGUAUAUGGUCAACUUGCACAGUCUUGUACAGCGGUGUUCCUCAACUGAAAAGAUAGGUACAGGAAGAUAACAGAAAGCAACGUUUUUUCCCCGCAUUUUUACUUGUAUCUGCAUUUUGGCUAAGGGGGCAGAGGGAACUUAUGUUGUAGAUAGCUGCAAAGGCCUUUCAAAUCUGUGACCCUACUGAUCAACAAUCUAUAGGUCUUUUUUCGCAUCUGUUCUAGUGCACCUUAAUCAUGAAAUCUUGAUUUUACUGUUGAA